GAGGCCCAUUCGAAUCGCCCGACGCGCACGAACGACCUGAGACUGUAACCCACCUGCCAUGGUGGGUAGAAGAAGUCAUACCCCUCCCCAACCCAGCGCCAUCGUUUUCCGGCAUCUCUGCCAGCGCUUGGUGCCCACACAUGCACUGCUCGUUUAGGACUGCCGAUCAAUUUGAACGGUUUGACAAAUCUGCGCCGCGUCCGCCUUCUCCACCUGUGCCACACCAGGUAUAUAACCUUCACGCGUUGCUCGUUUGUCUCAGCACCAUCACCCUCGAGUCUCAAGUUUUACUUCCUUCUCUUCCAUCCAUUUAUCACUCGCCAUGCACGUUGUCGACGCUCGCGCUCUCGACAUCAUCUCCGAUGCCGUCGAUGAAGUGAACAAGCUCAAGGGUGCCAAGAACGUCCCAGACUGGGGCGAACAGUCCAAGUUCGACGCCGAGAAGGACAAGGCACAGUUCCGCCAGUACGAAGACGCCUGCGAGCGGGUGAAGAACUUCUAUCGCGAGCAACACGAGAAGCAAACUGUGGAAUACAAUAUUAGGGUCCGCCAGGAGUUUAAGAAGACCGUGCGGGCGCGAAUGGGCAUCUGGGAUGCAAUGGAAAUGCUCGACAAGCUCGUCGACGACUCCGACCCAGACACGAGCGUUACGCAGAUUGAGCACCUCCUCCAGACGGCCGAGGCCAUCCGGAGGGACGGCAAGCCUGAGUGGAUGCAGGUUGCCGGCCUGGUGCACGAUCUCGGGAAGCUACUCUACUUCUUCGGCGCUGAAGGUCAAUGGGACGUCGUCGGCGAUACUUUCGUCGUGGGGUGCAAAUUCGCCGAUAAGAUUAUCUACCCAGACACAUUUGCGGGCAACCCCGACUCGAGGGACCCUGUCUACUCGACCGAGUAUGGCGUGUACCAGCCCCAUUGUGGUCUCGAGAACGUUAUGCUCUCCUGGGGACACGACGAGUACCUGUAUCAUGUGUUGAAGAAGCAGAGCAGCCUGCCAGAGGAUGCUCUGUACAUGAUCCGCUACCACAGCUUCUACCCAUGGCACAGGGAGGGCGCGUACUCGCACCUGACUAAUGCCGCGGACGAGCGCGCGCUGGCCGCUGUCAGGGCAUUCAACCCAUAUGACCUCUAUAGCAAGAGCGACGAUCCGGUCAACCCGGAGAAGCUCAGGCCGUACUACGAGACACUCAUCGCGAAGUACUUCCCUGAGGUGAUCGAAUGGUGAGCGCUUGCACGGCGACGCGCUCGUCCAGGUGCUUCAGUGGUGUGUGGGCACGACUUACCGCAUGCGGCCCUUCUGGGGUUGAGGUGUGGAGGUGUACCGGCGCGCUGCAAGAGGCUGUGUAUUUUAUUACUUAUCGUACUCGUUGGUCGCCGAUUAUGGUCCUCGACGCUCCCGUGUUGCUAAAUAAUCUCUGCUAUACCUCCCGUCCAUGUAUAACACCUGCCAUUUGCACUUGUUUGAUAUUUAUUUCAUACCCGCGCAUGUCUACCCUCAUGACUGAUGUUUGUGCUUGCUGC